AUGGGCGCAAGUGACAAGAAGCGCAAGCUCGCCGAGGAGGCUACCUCCCCCGAAGUGAAGAAGGCCAAGCGUGAAGACAAGAAGGAGAAGAAGGAAAAGAAGGAGAAGAAGAAGGAGCGCAAGGUGGAGGAGGAGGUUGUUGAGGAGGUUCCGGUUGUUGAGAAGGAGGAGAAGGAGGAGAAGAAGAAGGAUAAGAAGGAGAAGAAGGACAAGAAGGAGAAAAAGGAGAAGAAAGAGAAGAAGGAAAAGAAAGAGAAGAAGUCCGAGUCUGAGCCCGAAGCCAUGGACGUCGACGAGACACCCGCCGAGAAAGAGCCCGAGGCUGAGGCUGAGCCCGAGGUGACCAAGGAAGAGAAGAAGGAAAAGAAGGAAAAGAAGGAGAAGAAAUCCAAGAAGGAGAAGAAGAAGCAGGAAGAAACGAAUACCGAGGCGCAGCCCACCAACGGAGAGACCGAAGAGCCUGCUGAGCAGGAAGGUCAGAACAAGAAGAAUGCGCGGUUUAUCUGCUUCGUCGGAAACCUCCCCUACUCCGCCGACAAAGAGUCCCUCACCAAGCACUUCGAAAAGAUCACGCCCGUUUCCGUCCGCGUAGCCACCCAAGUCGACAAGCCGACCAAGUGCCGCGGCUUCGGCUUCAUCGAGUUCGACAACUACGAUCGCAUGAAGACCUGUCUGAAGCUGUACCAUCACUCCAUGUUCAACGAUGGAAAGUACCCGCCGCGACGGAUCAAUGUUGAGUUGACUGCCGGCGGCGGCGGCAACUCCAAGGACCGGAAAGAGAAGAUCGAAGCCAAGAACAAGAAGCUGUUCGAGGAGAGACAGCGCAACGCCAAGGAAAUCCAGAAGGAGAAGCAGCGGUUAGAAAAGGCCGAGGAGACGGGUGUGGAUGACUAUGCUCAUAUUCAUCCUAGUCGGAGGCCCCGGAUGGCUUAG